AUGGAUAGGUAUAUAAAACGAUUUAAAAAACAAGAAAAUACAGAUACUGAUACGCCAUCGACUUCAGGAACAAUGCUGACAUGCCCUUCAACAUUAUCAGCUUCAACAAAGCCUCUUCCAGAUGAUUUAUCACCAACUUCGAACUCGCCAGGUAUUUCACCUUUACCUUUUUCGAGAAUGCCGUCCCGAGAAAGUUCUAAAAUUAUAGUUGAAUGUCCUGAAAGCAAGAAUACCGACAGUGAGGACUAUUCUUCAUCAACAGAACAAACGGAUGAAAAACAGAAGAAAACAAAACGUAAAAAAAUAUAUACAUGUAAUUUUUCGAAACAAUGGGAAGUCGAGUUUAAAUGGUGCCAAAAAGCAGAAAAUAGCAAUUUUUUGUACUGCAGAAUUUGCAACAAGGAAAUUAGCGGUAAUCGUUUCCAUUUAUUACGACAUGAAAAAAAUGAAUUACACAAAAAAAAUAUUUGCGAUAAGUCAAAUAUAGUACCAAUCGGGGAAGUCUUAAAAAAAUCUCUAUUAAAAAAUGAUAAAUUAAUUAAAGAAGGGGAGUUCAAACUAGCUGCAUUCGUAGCAGAGCACGAUUUAUCUUUUAACCUAAUGGAACAUUUGCCGAAUUUAAUUAAAUCAGUUUGUAAAGAUUCCGAAAUUGCUACUGGUAUAAAAUGCAUCAGAACAAAAACAACCGGAAUUAUAAAUAAUAUUAUGGGACCCUAUGUUUUAAAAGAGAUUGUCAAAGAUUUGAAUAAAUCAUUUUAUUCUAUAAUUAUUGAUGAAACAACCGAUGUCUCAACAAAAAAAUGUUUGGCUAUUUUAAUUCGUUAUUUUAAAAAUAAUAGAGUUAUAGAUGCUUUUAUAGGAUUAUUAGAGUUAGAAAAUGAUAGCACGGCUGCACAUAUCUUUGAAACCUUGAUUAAUUACUUAACAUCAAUAGGUCGGAUGAAAUUUAUCAAGCCUAUGAUUUGGAGUGAACCUAGUUGCCAUGUCAUUGAUUGCUAUUUUUGCUCAAUCACGAACACAGGCUUUGGUAAACAUUUGCGAUGGACCUACCCGAACAGAUCAUCAAAUGGCUUUACACUUCCAGUUCACCGCACAGAAGGCAUUGACCACCCCACACAUCCCGAAGUGGAAUUGCCAGAAGAGAUUUCAUCGUCGUCGCCCUCAGAGUAUAGCGAAAGUUACAUUGGAAAGACACCAAAGCUAUUUGACCAAAAUUAUCUAAAUGAUUUGGCUUGUGAUUUAAAUUUGACGAAGGAAAAAGCAGAACUGCUUGCAUCUCGCUUGAAACAAUGA